AUCUGUCAACAACGCCGAGCAUGGGUCGCAACCUCAAGAACGCCCUCCUCGCCUUCGUCGCUCCUCUCCCCUCCAUCCUCUUCUACCAGGCCUUCCUCAAACACGUUGGCUCCGCCCCCGUCAGCGAUGGCGGCGACGGCGGCGACGGCGGCCUCUCUCCUCUCUGGAGCUGGUGCCUUCACCACCCUUUUCUCUUGGCCAACGCCCUCUUCUUCUUCAACGUCAACGUCCUCUUCUGGGUCAUCGGUCAAAGAUCUAGCCACUGGAUCAUAGAUCCUUACUGGACGGUGAUUCCCGUCAUGCUGACGCAUUACUAUGCCACCCACCCUCUGGGGCAGUACAACUGGUGGAGAUCCAGGAUUCUGAUGGUGAUGACGUGGGCGUGGGCCUUGAGGCUCUCCCACAACUACUUCAGGCGUGAGAAAUGGCAGUGGGGUGCUCGGGAAGACUGGAGAUUCACCGAGAUGCGGCAGUAUGGCAAGAACUGGUGGUGGGUCUCCUUCUUCGCCAUCUACGUCUCUCAGCAGGUUUUCCUACUUGGAGUGUGUCUCCCGACGUAUGUCGUACACUCGGUGGACAAGCCCCUGAAUGUUUGGGAUUUUGUGGCUGUUCUUGUCUCGGUUAGCGGCAUCGUCGUGGCCUACUUUGCCGAUACUCAGCUUCAUGACUUUGUCUCUUAGAAAUGAGGAGCUGAAAGAGCUGGGAAGCCCGCGGUGCUCACUCUUGACGAGGGCUUGUGGCACUACUCGAGACACCCGAACUACUUCCCGGCGAGCAGCUGGUGGUGGGGACUAGUCAUAUUUGCGUGGAACCUGGGACAGGGAUGGACAAUGGUCGGCGCGCUGAUCAAUAGUCUGUGGCAACACGUGACCGGGCUUGUCGAAAAGCGGAUGUUGAAGAAGACUCACAGGGCUGGCUACAGGCAUUAUCAGAAAACUACAUCUGUAUGGAUCCCUUGGUUCAAGGCAUCCGAUCAGUCUGGAAAGGACAAGACCACUUGAUAUUUGUACUCUUAAAUGUUUGUGGAAACAUGUGUGGACCAGUUUGUGUUGUAAAAUGAACACUUUCACAUUGUUUCGUUUGGCUUUCUAUACCAUUUGCUGGGUUCUUU